CCCCUCCCCCUCCGUCCCUCUCUCGAAUCUUUCAUCCAACUCUCCUUAUAUCCAAACAAACAAAAAUGAACAAACUCUAAUUCUUCGCCUUUUUUGACUUUUUUUUUGUCAACAGAUUUGAAAAGAAAAUUAAUGGCUCUUUGUAAUCGAGUGGUUAAAUCAGGCGUCCAUUCUGCGAUUCUCUUUCCAAAAUCUCGAGCGAUUAAAACGUCAUCUUCUUCGUCGAACAGAUUUGAUUACCGCCAGAUUUCGCAGCUCGUUAAACCUAGCAAUAAACGCGCAUUUCUCGUUGAUACGUUAGCACUGGUGAGAGGAUUGGAAGCUCAAGGCGUGCCGUCGAAGCAAGCGGAGGCGAUAACGGCUGCGAUUACUGAAGUGUUGAAUGAUAGUUUGGAGAAUGUGGCUCAUUGUUUUGUUUCCAAGGCUGGAAUGCAAAAGAGUGAAAUGAUUCAGGAAUCGAACCUGUCCAAAUUUAAAUCUGAAGUACACAGUUCUCAGGAGCAUCAUUUUUCUAUGUUGCAACGUGAGAUUGAAAAAUUACUAGGUGACAUUGAGAAAAUGCGCAGUGAACUGAGGCAUGAAAUCGACAAGGUCACUGCUGGACAGCGUUUGGAUUUGAAUCUCGAAAGAGGGCGCAUCCGUGACGAGCUAGCUAAUCAAAAUACAGAAACCACCAAUCUCACAAACAAGCUUGACCGGGAAAUUCAUGCAUUAAGAGCCCAUUUAGAAGCAGCCAAAUAUGAUGUGAUUAAAUACUGCAUAGGUACCCUCGUAUCCAGAUGUGCAGUUGGAAUUGCAACAGUACGUAUCUUGUUGUAGUGCUUUGGCAAUUCAUUGCAAAACUCUUGCAAGAUUAUAAAUUUCCUUUUUUUCAUGGAAAUUGUCAGCACAACAAAAUCAAACAGUAUAUGAGCAUUGUUUGAUAGUCAUAGUUAGAACAGUUAUCGGUUUUCCCAUGGGCAUCCGCAAGCUUUCAUUUCGUGCUACCCUUAGUUUUAAUGCCAUAUAAAAUCCGGAAAAAAGAUGGCAAUUAUUGAUUGUACUUUA